AUGCGGUGGUUUACUCCCGUACUCGCUUUGGUGUUUACGGCAUUUGGCCGUGUCUCAGCUCGUCCGUUAGAACAACGGGGAGGCAUUGAGUACAAAAUUUAUGCCUAUGGAGACAACAUCGGCGGUCUUCAGGUCUACUACUCAGAUGGUAUCGCCAUGAUCAGUGAAUCGACUGAUUCGAAUGAGACACCUAUCUACCUAACGGUUUCUGACUCAGACGCCUAUACUUGGGUCGCGCAUCCAGAUUCCAGCAGUGCCGCUUGGACCACCAAGCUGCUGUAUAUGGCUAGUAGCGGCACAGGUGAAGUUGGGUUCACGUCAUCUGACAAUACAUCUGGAAAGCUCACUGAUGUGUGGUGGACCUAUGGAAACUAUGUCAUGGCAAAUGUGGAGAGUGCCACUUUCUACGCUGAGCCUGUUUCUGGAAGUAGUGGGGUGUAUACUCUGAGCUGGAGCAAUGUCGAUCAAUCGGGGACUAACAAGGUGCUUGUGACCCUAAGGACGAUUGCGCCGUCCACUGACAGUGUUCUGAGCUAG